AUGGGAGAUUACUCUAAAGCACUUGAAUUUUACGAAAAGGAUCUCGAAAUCAAGAAAAAAGCUCUACCUCCGAAUCAUCCCGAUUUGGCUAGUUCCUACAACAACAUCGGUCUCGUGUAUAACAACAUGGGUGACUACUCGAAAGCACUUGAAUUUUACGAAAAAUCACAUCAAAUACGAGAAAUAGCUCUGCCUUCGAAUCAUCCCGAUUUGGCUAGUUCCUACAACAAUAUCGGUGGAGUGUAUAAUAACAUGGGUGACUACUCGAAAGCACUUGAAUUUUACGAAAAAGCACAUAAAAUAAAAGAAAAAGCGCUGCCUUCGAAUCAUCCCUCAUUGGCUAGUUCCUACAAUAACAUCGGCCAAGUGUAUUUCAACAUGGGUGACUACUCGAAAGCACUUGCAUAUUCUAAAAAGGACUUUGAAAUUACAAAACAAGUUCUGCCUGAGAAUCAUCCAGAUUUGGCUUUUCCAUACAAAUGGUUCGGAAAGAUUUAUCGCAGUAUGAAAGAUUAUUCAAAAGCAUUUGAUAAUUUCGAAAAGUGUCUCUCAGUACGUCAGAAAGUCUUGCCUGAAAAUCAUCCAUAUCGAGCUACUACAUACAGUGAUAUUGGUGAUGUUCAUCGAUUAAUGGGUAAUUAUGAAAAGGCACUUGAAUUUCAUCAAAAAGCAUUAAAUAUUCAAGAAAAUGUUCAAUGUAAUCCUCUGGACUGUGCAUUGACAUAUAUAAAUUUAGGUGAAACUUAUCGUGAAAUGAAAGAUGAUUCAACAGCAUUGACAUAUUUCGAAAAAGGAUUAGAAAUACGUGAGAAGAAAUUACCAAAAAAUCAUCCUGAUUUAGCUGUUAUAUAUCAUAAUAUGGCAAAAUUAUAUUUGGCUACACAAAAAUAUAGUAUGGCAAUGAAAAAUAUUCAACAAGCAGUUGAAAUAGCUCAAGAAAAAUUACCUUCAACUCAUCCUCAUCUUUUGGAAUAUAAAGAAACAUUUGAAAAAAGCUUGUUAGCGCAGCUCCUGCGGAGCUGA